CUUCAAAGGAGAGGGCAUAGACAGCCAGAUACAAAACGAGCCUCUCACGUUAGCCCCCAAUCGUCGAUCGCAGCCCUCGAUCAAGUGCCUCGCCAACCAAACUGCUCAAUAUGCCCCGUACUCUCUCCGUUGCCUUCUUUCUCUGUCUCGCCGUCACUGCCUGCUCGGCCUUCACCAACUGUACGAUUCCGACCUUCACAAGCCAAACCGGAGUCAUCUGCAACGGUAUCGGUGGGGCAGUUCUGCUUGAAAACCAGUCUCUUUCGCAAGGCAGCAACCGAUUUGUCUUUGGGCUUUCAAGCGGCUCCGCAUACUUUCUGUCGAUGCAGCUCGAUGGCAACUUGGUGCUCUACAGCUAUACAGCCACUCCACCGACGAUCCAGCCCCGAUACUCGUCCAACACCCUCGAUGGUGGCCAGGGCAAAACGUUUGCCACACUUCAGAGCGACGGCAAUCUGGUUGUUUACCGGACAAGUGCAGCUGGCGUGACAACUGCCGUUGCCGCAACCGGAAGCAAUGUCGGCAAGCCAAAGGGUCAGAGCAACGCAACAUUCCUCCUCAGCAUUCAGGCUGACGGAAACAUGGUUAUCUACAUACUGUACGCGGAUGGCACGUCUGAGCCAGUCUGGUCUUUGAACAGUACCCCUCGGCUUGUGUGGGCCUGCCAAAAAUGCGCGGCAUCGCCGUCUCCGUCGCCCACACCGUCAUCAUCAGUGGCCCCAUCCCCAUCCCCAUCCCCAUCCCCAGUGCUCUCACAAGAUAUCAUCGAUUGCCUCAGUGCCCACAACACCAUCCGAAAUCAACUCGGAUUGCCAUCGCUUACGUGGGAUAGUAGCAUUGCCAAUGACGCGCAGCUGUGGUUUCAGAAUCACCAGGGAUUCAACCAUUGGAUUCCCAGUCAGUCCGGCGAGGGACAAAACCUAUAUGCCAGUACCGGAAGCCCGGUUUCAUGCAAACAGGCGGUAGCAUCGUGGGGCGCCGAGAGCGUCAACUACCACGGCGAAGUCAUCCCUCAGGGCAGCUUUGAGCUCUAUGGGCACUACACACAGAUCGUAUGGAAGACGACAAAAACUGUCGGAUGUGCCGUAGGCGUAACGAGCGAUCCCUUCCCAUACACCGUGGUGUGCAACUACUUCCCAGCAGGGAAUAUCGUCGGCCAAACGCCGUUCUAGAUUCCUGACGGUGCAUGGUCGCCUCUGUGAUGGGGCUCACUUGAUUCUACUCUUGGUUUGGUGAUUUCAUAUUUCUCUGUAUCCGCAUCGGCAUCGGCAUCGGCAUCGGCAUCGGCAUCGGCAUCGGCAUCGGCAUCGUCAUCGAAAUGCACAAGGACUGUGGUGCAUCUUUGGGGAUCCAUGC